CUACUGAGCUGGGCAAUGAUUUCUUUGGUGGACUUUAAACUUCACCAUCUCUGCUGCGGCCAUUUCCCACAGGAGCUGCAGGAAUGCAGGCAGGCACCUGAGGCUCAGAGGGUAACCAUGGCAAGCUGCUCUUGGAUGAUGUUCUUCCUUCUCUCUGCCCUCUUCCCUCAGACAGAGCAGGCAGUAUUUAUAUCAGCUCAUGAUGCAAACAGUGUUAUCAAGAGACAGAGACGUGCCAGUUCCAUCUUUCUGGAGGAGGUCCUUCAAGGCAGCUUGGAAAGAGAAUGCCUAGAAGAGAGAUGUACACAUGAAGAAGCAAGAGAAGUAUUUGAGAAUGAUGAAAUGCUUAAAAUGUUUUGGGAUAUCUACUAUGGCGGCAGGAGGUGCUCCUCAAGCCCCUGCCAGCACAAUGGUGUGUGUGAGGACAGCAUCCGUGGCUACACCUGCACCUGUGCUGAGGGCUACGAGGGAGAGAACUGUGCUUUUGCUAAAAAUGAAUGUCACCACCAAGCAAAGGUAGGAUGUGACCACUUCUGCUAUCCAGGAAGGGAUUCCUACCGCUGUUCCUGUGCUGAUGGCUACGAGCUGGGGAAGGAUAAAAAACAGUGCAUUGCAUUAGAUGCAUGUGCAUGUGGCAGACUUCAAGACAGUGAUAACCUUAUAAGUGAAACCAGGAAGAAAAGUGAUGAGCGAUUUCCUUGGCAGGUACUGCUGCUAAACCCAGAAGGGAAAGGCUUCUGUGGAGGAGUGUUGCUAAAAAGUAACUUCGUGUUGACCACAGCAGAGUGUGCCCUUCUGCACAGCCAUUUUCAAAUCAGGGUUGGUUCUGGGCCUAAUGGAACAAGUGGAACUGGGAAGAUAAUGCAGAUCAGGGAGAAGCACAUCCACAUCCGCUACGAUGAAGACACUGGUGAGAACAACAUUGCAUUGCUACAACUUCAAGAGCACGUUGAAUGUGACAGCUCCCACCUUCCUGUGUGCACCCCUGAGAGAGACUUUGCAGAACAUGUUUUAAUUCCAAAACUGGCUGCUACAGUCAGUGGCUGGAGAGUGGAGGGGGAUGAACUUCAAGGCGAAGAGCUGCAGGUUUCAUACCUGCCUGCUGAGGACUGCAAGCAAAUCCUCAACGUCAGCCUCACAAACAGGCAGUUCUGUGGGCACCUCCAGGAGGCUGUGCACAAACACCUGGCUGGAGGGAGCUUUUUGGUUACUGAGUACAAGGGCACAUGGUUUCUGACUGGUAUCCUGGGAUCCUGGCCACUGGAAGACACUGACUGGGAAACGCUGCUUUUCACCAACACUGCAAGGUAUAUGGUAUGGGUUAAACAAAAAAUAAAGUAAGACAAACACAACCAA